AAAAGGAGAGGAAGAGAAACGUUUCGUCUUACUGCUUUUCCUUUUUACCGUAAAGCUUGUUAACAGCUUACACAACAGUCGUUUCAAACGUAUCCUUGCGAACCUUAUUUUCUUCUACUGUUCAUGUCAUCUUCUACCAACACUUGUUCAAUAAAACCUCAGCUCAGGACACCCUAGAAAAUGGAUUUUGAGCAACAAAACACAGAAGAGUUUGAUAUCGUUAAGGUAUACAAUCGGUUUCUGCAUGAUGAUCCCGAAAUUACUAUGCCUGUUGCUGCUAUUGAAGCUCUUGUCCAGCUUUUGUCCAGAAGUCAAGCAAAUACGAUCUCUGAGUUUAUGGAUAUAUUGAAAAAUGGAUCGAACGCAUUAAAAGAAGGUGUCGAGAAUAGUAUUUCACUUUCUGCAGGUUGCGAUCUUUUCCAGCGUUUUGUUACUCGUUCUUUGCACGACGUCGGGGAUUUUGAACAAUGCAAGAGACAUCUCAUGGAAAAUGGCAAGUUAUUUAUUCAACGUGCUCGCGCUUGCAGACAAACAAUUGCAGAACUCGGAUACCCUUUAAUAAGAGAUGACAGCGUGAUCCUUACACACGGAUUUUCCCGUAGUGUUGCUGCUGUUUUGUUUGCUGCUGCUAAACGCCAUGUUCGUUUCAAGGUUUAUGUCACCGAAUCUCGUCCUAGCGGCUCUGGUUGCAUUAUGGCGGCGACCCUAAAUGAAGCUGGAAUCCCGUCUUGCCUUGUUCUCGAUUCUGCCGUUAGUUUUACCUUGAACAAAGUUGACCUUGUUUUAGUGGGUGCUGAAGGUGUCGUUGAAAACGGUGGUUUGAUUAAUCAAAUUGGUACCUUCCAGCUCGCUUUGUUUGCUAAGCAUGCUCAUAAACCCUUUUAUGCUGUUGCUGAAAGUCACAAGUUUGUGCGUAUGUUCCCUCUGUCUCAGUACGAUCUUCCUUUCAAUAGACCAAUUUUGGAGUUUGAUGAUCCUUCACCUAGAAAGUCCUUGGAGAAGCUUACUGUUAAGCCAACACCUUCCAAUGUUAUUCAAAAUGAUAUUAUUAUGUCAGAGGAUCAAAUUCGGAACAAUCCUUCUCUGGACGUAACACCGCCGGAAUUCAUUUCUGGUCUUAUUACCGAUCUUGGUAUUAUUGAUUCUAAGAGCGGUGUUUCUGAAGAGUUGAUUAAACUCUAUCUUUAGACUCAAAAAUUCAGCACAUUGAAUCUCGGAAGAAGCAGCUCUCCCUUGUUUCAUGGCGCCUAUUUUGAAUAAAAAAAAGCUUACAUCUCGUAUUUAACAGACGAAUAAUGAAAACGUAUAUUGGAGAUGUAGUUCAAGUUCCAUUUAAACUUAAUCUAUUCGUACAGAGUUGAAGUAACUAUUGUUAUUACACAAAGGAACUAUGAAACAAAAUCAUUU